GACAUCUUUCCGAGUUUUCUAAUUAGUACUGCAACAUCUUUCCGAGAAUUGUCUUAAAAUCUUCGAACUUGACGGUCGAAUAUAUUACCACACUCUCGGUCAACGGAGUAGAUGCAAAACUCUACAUCUGGUUUCUUAUAUUGAAAGCUCUAGAAUUCACCGGACAUUGAAAUAAAAUCUCGUGAGUUUUUUUUUUCUCGUUAAUUUCUCUGCCUCGAUUCUGGAAAAUUUUUCACCUGGGUUGUGAUCGAAUAUCCUUUAAUUUGUUGUCGAGAUUUAUCUUUGAAGUCAAUGAUCUGGGUUUGAUCAAAGUCUGCAACUUUCUGUUGAUUACACACUUAUGAAAUUUUGAUGAUCACACGUAUUAGUCUCCCUAAAUCUGAUCUGGGAAUGCUCAAUCUCCCUCAUUGCUGGUCUCGAUCCCUGGGUUUGGUUGUAUAAUGAAUAAAUAUCCACUUGGGUCGAGUAAUCCCAACAAAUCGUAUUAUGCGUACCCAAGAGCUGGCGAUUUUGAUUUAGAAUCAGGAACUGUCAGAAAAUUUAGAAAGCCGAAGAAUUCGUUUGCCAAAAUGUUCAAAUCUCUCGGGAAUCGCCUUCACCACUUCUUCAAAUUACACCCGAUCCUCGUUUUCAUCAUCCUCCUCUCCUUCGGGAUCACAUUCCUGAUAUUCCUGUCGUCGAUAUACGAGAACCAUGUUCGAUCAACGAUCACUUAUAAGAAGACGGAUUUGGAUAACGAUGGUUACCCAUUUGCGAAUCUGAAAAACCUCGUGAUGGUGGCUGGACAUUCUGUUUAUACGAGCAGUGAUUGUGGUAGAGUUGAUAAGGAGGAUUCGUGGUUCUUGGAGUCUUAUCAGAAGCAUCCAGGUCAGGCGUCGACGUUCUUGAGCCAUAUAGAAGAAGGUGUUGAGGCUGCAGCUAAAGAUGAUGAGUCUUUGCUUCUGUUUAGUGGAGGAGAGACUCGUAAAGACGCAGGGCCUCGCAGUGAAGCUCAGAGUUAUUGGGCUGUCGCUGAGUCUAAAGGAUGGUUCGGCAAGGAUGAGGUGAGGUCAAGGGCAUUGACGGAAGAGCAUGCCAGAGACAGUUUUGAGAAUCUUCUCUUUAGCGUGUGUAGAUUCAGAGAGCUCACAGGCUCUUACCCAAAGAACAUAACAGUUGUGAGUUAUGAUUUUAAAGAGGAGAGAUUUGCGCAUUUGCACCGUUCGGCAAUGGGGUUUCCGGAAUCAAGAUUCUUCUACUUGGGAACUCCAGCUUCACUUUCGUCUAAAGAAAGCGCUCUGAAAGGCGAGGCUAUGGUUAGAGCUCAGUUUCAAGAAGACCCAUACGGAUGUGUUGGUUCGCUUUGGCGUAAGAAGCUGAAGCGUGACCCUUUCCACAGGACUAUACCUUACCCUAAUGGUUGCCCUGAAAUUGGAGGAUUGUUCAGGUACUGUGGUUCAGCUCCUUUUCCUGGCUCUCUCCCAUGGGAUUGAUCUGUGGUAGACCUACACUAGACUUGCUUACAGGAACCAAUACUCGAUCGAGAACUUUUUUUUUGUUACUCUUAUGAGAUUGAAUAGGAGAAUCUUUGUAUUCCGCAGACUGAGAAUUUAUAUACAUUGUAUUAAAUGCGAUUUACCUGGUAUACAUGGUGAGAUUUCCAUC